AUGCCUUGUUUCAAUAUUGAUGUAACAAGCCAGGCUUGGAGUGUUAAUUCAUUCACUGAAGUUGAGAAGCUUGGGGUAGAAAGUCAUGUUUAUUCUAGACUACCUUUCAGGGAAGAUGUUACGGUUAUCAUGUAUACCAGUGGUAGUACAUGUCUACCAAAGGGAGUCAUGAUAACUUAUGAAAACAUUAUAGCUACUACAACUGCAGUUAUGACAUUGAUUCCAAACUUGGGAGAAAAUUAUGUUUACUUGGCCUAUUUGCCUCUGGCUCACGUUGAGGUGAAAGGUGGUUUUGCAAAGAAAUGUUUUCAGAUUGCAUAUAGCAGACGACUAGCAGUUGCAAACGGAAAAUGGUUUGGAGCCCGUGGACUAGAGAGAGAUAUGUUGGAUAUCAUUGUUUUCAAAAAGAUACGAAGCUUUCUUGAAAGAGAGAUCAGAUUCAUGUUAUGUGACAGAGCACCUUUAUCUGUUGAGACACAGAGAUUUAUUAACAUCUGCAUCGGAAUCAUGAGAAGGGGGACUAGGACGAAUGCUGCUACUUCUUCGGAUGAACCAGCCAGGGAGGACGUUUUAAUAGGGCUAGUAGAGGCGCUGAGGGACCAGAACAGACUUCAAGGUGAACAGAUGCGCGAAAUGUUCCAGGCCAAUAUGAACCAUAACAACAACCAAGGUAGCAACAACAAUACUGAAGGAGGGCAGCAGCCGAUUUACAAGCAAUUCAUGAGCUUCAAACCGGCUGAGUUCAAGGGAAGCACUGAUCCUAUGGUUGCUGAGGAAUGGAUCCAGUCCUUAGAGACGAUCUUCGAAUUCAUGCAGAUUAAUAAUGGGGACAGGGUGCGAUGCGCAACAUUUAUGUUUAGGGACGAUGCUCGUAUAUGGUGGCAGGGAGCAAAGUCUGCUGUAGACCUUGCUAACAUAUCAUGGGAAGACUUCAAGGACACAUUUUAUGGGAAAUACUUCACUCUUAGCACCAGGAACAAGCUGGCCCGUGAGUUUCUGGAAAUCAGACAAGGUGACUCGAGUGUGGCUGAUUAUGUGAAGAAGUUUGAGAGGGGGCGAUAUUUUGCUCCCAUGAUCCUUGGGAGUGCGGCCAUGGAGCUCAAUCAUUUUAUGGAGGGGCUUAAUGCUACUAUUAGGAGGGACGUACGCCUAAGUGGAGCGACCACUAUGAGGGAAACGAUUGAGAAGGCGCUGAUGGCUGAAAAGGAUAGUGCUGACAUUGUGAGGGAGUCCCAAGCCAAGAGGAGCAACUAUGCUGGAAGAGAUUCGCAAGGACCCAACUUCAAAAGGGCUGUCCAACAACCUUUUAAUCAAUAUGCACCCCAACAGCAGUCAAGGAAUGCACAUCAGGGUCAAAACUAUCAAGGGCCACAACAGCAGCAAAAUCAGCAAAGGAGGAUUCAGCCUGCUAAGCCAGCAGUGGCGGCCAAAGCUCCAGCUACGUCUAAACCAACCUGUUCUCAAUGUGGCCGGUCGCACCAAGGUGAAUGUCUGUAUGGGACCAACUUCUGUUUCAACUGCAAGAAGCCAGGACAUCUUUCACGCGACUGUCCGCAGAAGAAGGCCAUUGUUCCAGGCAGAGUGUUUGCAAUGAACCAGGAAGAAGCGGACCCGGAUUCCACCAUCAUUACGGGUAAUCUUCUAAUUGCCCAUACCUUAGCUCAUACUUUAAUUGAUACUGGUGCAACACACUCUUUUGUUUCUGCCAACUUUGUUCAAAGAUCUGGUUUGAGACCUGAUGAAACUAAAACCAUGUAUAGUAUUUCUCUACCAUCAGGAACAAGUUUGAACACUAAUAAGUAUGUUAGGGCCUGUAAGGCAUAUAUCCAAAAGCACAAGAUGCUAGUAAAUCUUGUGGUAGUAGAAAUGGCUGGUUUUGAUGUCAUUUUAGGAAUGGACUGGCUAACUCGGCAUGAGGCUCACAUUGACUGUAAGAAAAAGACAGUAUCUUUAACUGAUCAAGAUGGGAGAACAUUCCAGUUCAGAGCAACACCUCCACCCAGUCUUUCCUUUAAAAUUCAACAGCCACUUUCAUCAGGGGUUCCAAUAGUGUUGGCUACUUCUUAUGCUAUGCUAGGAGUUCAACUACCUAGACUUGAGGACAUCAAAGUUGUAAGAGACUUUCCUGGUGUGUUUCCUGAAGAUAUCAAUGGUCUACCACCACUAAGAGAAGUGGAGUUUGGCAUCACGUUGAAGGAGGGGACACUUCCAAUUUCUAAGGCACCUUAUAGGUUAGCACCUACUGAGUUGAAGGAGAUGAAAGAUCAACUAGAAGACUAUUUGAGCAAGGGUUUUAUCCGCCCAAGUGUGUCUCCGUGGGGGGCACCAGUGCUACUUGUGAAGAAGAAGGAUGGAUCCCAACGUCUUUGUAUUGAUUAUCGUGAAUUAAACAAGGUAACAAUCCAGAAUAAAUAUCCCUUGCCCAGAAUCGAUGAUCUGUUUGACCAAUUAAAAGGUGCAUCAGUCUUCUCCAAGAUAGAUCUCAGAUCAGGCUACCAUCAAAUACGAGUCAAGGAGGAGGACGUGAAGAAGACAGCAUUUCGAACUCGUUAUGGGCACUACGAGUUUCUGGUUAUGCCUUUUGGCUUGACAAAUGCACCAGCGGUUUUUAUGGAAUUAAUGAACAGAGUGUUUCAUCCUUAUUUAGAUCAGUUUGUGGUGGUCUUUAUCGACGACAUUCUGAUCUACUCUCGAACGGAAGAAGAUCAUGCACGACAUUUGGCUUUGGUUUUGCAAGUGUUAAUGAAGAAUCAACUUUUCGCAAAACUAAGUAAGUGUGAAUUUUGGUUGAGUCAAAUAGCAAUCUUGGGUCAUAUUAUUUCAUCUAGGGGCAUUGAGGUUGAUCCUGCAAAAGUAGAAGCACUUAAGGGUUGGGCUGCACCCACAAGUGUGACUGAAGUGAGGAGUUUUCUGGGUUUAGCCGGCUACUACAGAAGGUUCAUCAAGGGAUUCUCCAAGAUCGCCUUGCCUCUUACCACGUUGACUAGAAAAGAUCACAAGUUCGUUUGGACUGAGGAGUGCGCAGAAAGCUUUGAAACAUUGAAAAACAGUUUGAUAUCAGCUCCUGUUCUCACCAUUCCAGAUGAAGUAGGAAAUUUUAUUGUGUUCACUGAUGCCUCAAAGCAUGGUUUGGGGGCUGUGUUGAUGCAGAAUGGUAAUGUUGUCGCUUAUGCUUCAAGACAGCUCAAGACCCACGAAAAGAAUUAUCCCACGCAUGACUUGGAAUUAGCAGCAGUUGUGUUUUCCUUGAAGAUCUGGAGGCAUUAUCUCUAUGGUGAAAAGUGUCAGAUCUUCACAGAUCAUCAAAGCUUAAAGUAUCUGUUCAAUCAAAAGGAGAUCAACAUGAGACAAAGGCGCUGGCUAGAGUUGGUUAAAGACUACGAUUGCGAGAUUAUUUAUCAACCAGGUAAAGCUAAUGUGGUAGCAGAUGCGUUGAGCCGAAAGUCAAGCACGCUGAAUCAGAUCACUUCACAACCAAACUUGGUCCUGGAAUUCGAAAGGCUGAACCUGGCUGUGAUAGAGCCAAAGAAAGAGUGUAUUCUGGCAACUUUGGCUAUUGUUCCAGACCUUAUUGAUAAAAUUCGUUUGGGUCAAGCUCAAGAUCCACAACUAACUCUUUGGAGACAAAGGGAUGAAAAGAAAGGCACCUCUUUGUAUACAACUAAGAACAACCUGGUCUAUCACAAGGAUCGCUUAUGGGUACCAUCUGUUGACUCAUUAAGACAAGAAGUAUUAGCCGAGGCACAUUACACUCCAUACUCUAUUAAUCCAGGUAGUACCAAGAUGUUUAAAGAUCUGCAGAUGUUAUACUGGUGGCCAGGAAUGAAGAGGGACAUCAUGAAAUAUGUGAGUGAAUGCCUAACCUGCCAACAAGUGAAGAUUGAGCAUCAAAAGCCUGCUGGUUUGCUAUGUCCGUUGCCCAUACCUGUUUCAAAAUGGGAUGACAUAUCUAUGGAUUUCGUUGUUGGAUUACCCGUGACCCUUCGUAAGAUGAAUGCAAUAUGGGUCAUAGUGGAUCGUCUCACCAAGUCAGCUCACUUUCUGCCAGUUAAAACAACUUUCACCAUGACCCAAUAUGCAGAGUUAUACCUUCAGGAAAUCGUUCGGCUACAUGGAGUUCCAGCAAGAAUCGUAUCAGAUCGUGAUCCACGUUUCACUUCACAUUUUUGGGAAAGUUUGCACAAGGGUUUAGGCACAAAGUUAGCGUUCAGUACUGCCUUUCAUCCUCAAACAGACGGUCAAUCCGAACGCGUGAUCCAGAUUCUGGAAGAUCUAUUGAGGGCUUGUUUAAUCGACUAUGGAGGAAAUUGGGAGCCAAGGCUACCUUUGAUCGAGUUUGCGUACAACAACAGUUUUCAGACUUCAAUUGGUAUGGCACCUUUUGAAGCUUUGUAUGGGAAAAAGUGUAGGACUCCGUUGCAUUGGGAUGAAGUGGGCGAGCGUGUUGUCAUUGGGCCAGAAUUAGUAGCUAACACCGUGGCCCUUGUGAGUAAGAUCAGAGAACGGUUGCUAACAGCUCAAAGCCGUCAGAAAAGCUAUGCAGACAAGAAGCGACGCGACCUGAAGUUCGAAAGAGGCGACCAUGUUUUCCUCAAGGUUUCUCCAUGCAAAGGAAUCAUUAGACUUGGGAAGAAAGGCAAGUUAAAUCCCAGAUACAUUGGUCCCUUUGAGAUCCUUGAAGAAGUCGGUGAUGUGGCUUAUAGACUAGCACUUCCUCCAAGUUUGGAUACAGUUCACAAUGUUUUUCAUGUAUCCAACUUGAGGAAGUAUGUUCCCAACCCAACCCAUGUUAUUCACCAUGAAGAAGUUCAAUGGGCUCCUGACCUGGCUUAUGAAGAGGUCCCAACACAGAUCCUUGCUACACAAAUCAGAAAGUUAAGGAACAAGGAGAUCAAAAUGGUUAAAGUCCUUUGGAGCAACCACUCAAGUGAUGAAGCAACUUGGGAAGUAGAGCAAGACAUGCAACGUGACUAUCCCCAACUAUUCGGUACGUUUAAUUUCGAGCAAGUGCCUACAUUUUUAAGUAUAUGUCUUUUUAAGAGUGAAUCCACCUUUUGCUUCCGCAUAAAUGAUAGUCUUCAGAUGAGAUACAUUGACAACAAAAAAUGUGUUUCUAAAGGGUCACUAUCUAAUUGCAUUGUUAGACCUUCUUUUAUUGUGUAUCUAAAACCUGCUAGCAUAUCCAUGGCCAUAAUAUAUCACAGUUUCUUGCCAUGUUCUUUCAAAGCACCUAUUGGCCAAGGCUACGACUUGACGGAGACUUGUGCUGGAGGUGCUUUUACAGAGUGGGAUGACAACUCUGUUGGACGUGUUGGACCACCACUUCCUUGUUGUUAUAGGAAGGUCAAAAAGGCUUAA